CCCCUCCCACUCCCUUGCCAUUGGCCGGCCGGUUUCCAAGAAGGAAUUUAAAAAGGAGGCCUUGGUUUUGCAUCGCUUAGGCUCCAAGAGGACAAGAAGACCGAAAGGCAUCUCUCCCACAGCCUUCCCCACUGCUGCCUGGCCUGAAAUAUGCAGACGUCUCAGGCUCUCUGCUCUUUCUGCAUCUUCUUCCAAGUCUUCCUCCCUUCAGGGCGAGGCUGGCAAGUGCUUAAAAACGAUGCCACGGAGAUCGUGCCCGACUUCCCGGAGAAUACCGAGCCGCCGGCUGAGCAACCGUACGUCCAGAGUGACAAUGACACCAUGAACAACCGGGCGCAGCAAGGAGAGAGGCACCUGCAAGUUGCCCUGGGCAGGACGGAACCCCUGGAGUUCAGCUGCCGGGAAACAUACUCGACCCGCUACAUCACUGACGGUCUGUGCCGCAGCAUCAAGCCGCUAAGGGAGCUGGUCUGUUCCGGCCAGUGCCUCCCCUCCCACCUCCUCCCCAAUUCCAUUGGCAAGGGGAAAUGGUGGAGGCAGAAUGCCUUGGAUUACCGCUGCAUCCCGGCGCACAGCCGCUCCCAGCGCAUCCAGCUGGCCUGCCCCGACGAGGAGCUGCGGACUAUCAAGAUCAGAGCCGUCACUGCUUGCAAAUGCAAGCGCUACACCCGCUACCACAACCGUUCCCAGCUCAAGGAUUUCAGCAAAGAGGCCGCCCGGCCCCAGAAGAACAAAAAGCCACGUCUCUCCAGGGCUAGGGGCAGUAAGGCCAACCAGCCGGAGCUGGAGAACUCCUACUAAGCGGAGGGGCCGUUGGCGAGGCCCAGCCCAGAUUUUUGUUUUCUGCAUGGUCCACCCUCUCUUUUCAUUGUUGUUGAUGGCGACUGGAUAAACAUGGAAUGGAGUGAGCGGGGGAUGGUGUCGAGGGGUCUCCAUGGCCGCCGCCCCGGUUGGAGGUUCAGAGCUCAUGCAGCCCAAAAGCUAUCCGACUCUCCUCAAGGUGGUCGGACGAGAGAGGUGAAGGGUGGGGUGGGGGGAAUGGACAGAGCGAAACUGAGCUGGAGGAGGCCUGAGAGGUGAUUCGCUCAGAGGGUCCGCAAGGGGUGGUGUGAUUCGAAAGGCCAAAGCAAGUGAGCAGGGCCAACUUGUUCCGCUGCCUCCCUUUCCUUGCCCUGACUCUGUUUGACAAAGGACUGGCGCCUCUCUGCGAAAGCAAACAUCAGUUUAGAACCAGGUGACAUCUCUCCAGGUGUGUGCUCACCUGCACGCCUUCUCUGCUAUCCUUGCUUCUUCACAUGUCGCACAUUAAUGCGUCGCUCCUUGUUGUGCCGCAGCAUUGCCUGAACUAUGUGCUAAGGUCUUGGUCAGCGGGACGUAUUUGCUUCCUGUCCUGUGAUCUGUUGGGUUGCCCCUCCAUUCACCAGGAGAAAUGGGACACUUACAAAAUUAAAAAUGAAAUCACGCCUUAUUGUACAGUGCCAAAUGCACACAUGUCUUUGCAGACAGCUUACUUUGUAAGGGCAAGUUGGACCAGGAAACCCAAAAGAACCGGGGGGGGGGGGAGAGAUUUUAAAACCAUGCAGUAUUGUACAGAGCCUGACUUGUACAUAAAUACAGGGUGCUCGAAGGCUGAAUGUGGCUUGCUAUUUUAGGGUCAGAAAGUAUAUACCAUGCAGCAGCCUUUUACUAGUAUUCUGGGAGUCCCAAUUUUUUUUUAAAAAGGGAAAGGCAAAACAAGUUUCUAGUCCUCAAAGUGGCAGGAAAAAAUAUUUCUUUUUGGGCAGGGGGUGUUUUUUAGGAACACAAGGGCAAUUCAGAGGGGACCCAGAUUCAUUUGCUCCAGUCAAGUGGAUUCAAUCUGUUUGUGGAAAUAGGUUUCUAAACGUGGACCAGAUAUGCUAGCUGUGCAGAAGUUAGAAGUCUGUACCAUGGAGUUACUCCUUUCGUUUGUGAUGUGUUCAUCAACAGGUGCGUCAACCUCGGCACAUGUGGAGCCACCCUUGUGUUCCCUUGUUUGUCUUGACCAUUCGUUGAUUCUUAGGAUGCCGUCGAUCUGGUGCAACUCAGUAUAAUGUGGCUUGUCGGUUUAGGCAUUUGCCACUCCCCCCCCCCAGCCUUUGAUCUGGAUUAGAACUAGAAUGUUGUUUCUCAAUGCCAACACACAGCUGAUGCUCAAAAGCUGUUCUCUGCAACAAUGAGGGCUAAAAACCUCCUUUUAAAACACUGAGGAAGACCUUUUCUCUGCUGCAGCAGCAACAAUAAUAACCAAGGAUAAAGAAUUUCCAUUGCACUCGAUAAAAACCUUUUGUGCAGGAAGUCAUAGAUACUCCCAUUUUGCUCCAGCGAGGCUUGCAGUCCGAGCCCAUGGGUGCAAGUCUCACUGUAGUCAAAAGGGGCUUCUUUCAUAUGUGUUAGUUUUGCGUCCGUUACAAUCCUAUCCAUUCCUUCUCAGAAGUAAUUCCCACUGAUUUCAGCAGAGCUUAGGGAUGAUUCACAUUUAACUUUCCUCUGCUCUUUCCAGGCACGGUCCGUGCUUUAAUGCUCUGUGUCUGAGCACCUUUUUUUUUCUUUCCCUCCAGAGAUUUUCCACAAAAACCAGCUCUUUAAA